CUUCAUCAAAUCGCCGUUCGGCUGGAGGAAUCCUCCACAUGAGAAAGCUUCACGCGCCGCCGCCAGAUCAGUUGCUUCACAGUUGCCACGCCGGAAGGACGUCAGCAGGGCUCCGUCCUGGUUUUCAACUCAACCAAUAGGCCACGUGCUUGUUACGCAGGCUGCGCCGGCCGCCGGCCAUGUCUGAUCAGUCCCGGGUAGCUGGGGGCCCUCAACAGGUGUCCCCACGGCCACGUUCGGAGUCGAGGCGAGGUGAACCAUACCUUGCCUCAGGGGGCUCGGGAUCGUCGCAGGACGAGAUGAGGCCACAUGCUCCUGGUAACAGUCAUGGUGGUAGCGGGCGCUCGUAUCAGCUGAUAGGUGCCCAUAAACCACUUCGGCCCCACAGGCGUGCUCGGCCAGCUGCGCCCCCGUCCCCACCUGCCCCCUGGAACAUGGUUUUGGAGGCCAUUUCGGAGCUACGAGGUGAGGUGAACAAGCUAAAGGAGGACAGGCAGCCUGCCCCUCGUGUGGCUCCUGUGGUGAACGAGGGUGCGGGUACAUCACGUGAUGCGUGCCGUCCUCUGUCUCCUCCUCCUGGCUCUUUCUCAGGGUUUAUGGAUUCAGGCAGUGAGGAUGGUGAGAUUAGAGUGUUUGCCCCAGGCAGUAGUGCUCUCAUGCUGGGGGCCAAAUCUUUUGGUCCACAGGAGUUGGUAUCAGAGGAUAUUGACACACAGGUUGCGGACAUGGUGAAUUACGUGUUUGACAACGGCAUGAGGGAGGAGGACUACAAGGACACUGUGAGGACGACAUUGUGAAGAGGCCGGCCAACUGUCACGCACUCGCACCUGUGGAAUGUAACACGCAGGUGUUUGAAGCCCUCAGAGUAGAUGCUAGGAAGGCAGACUGUCGCCUAAAAGAAGUCAACAAGGACAUCCUGAGAGCGGCGACCAU